AAUGGUGAAUAAGAAUGAUAAUAAAGCAAAAGGAGCGACGGCGCUCUCCGCCGAGAGGUGCAGCGCCUGCCUCGGGCGGGAGCGGGACCCGGGCGGGGGGGACCCGGGCACGGAUCCCGCGGGGGGUGAUGAUGAUGAUGAUGAUGAUGAUGAUGAUGAUGAUGAUGAUGAUGAUGAUAAUGAUGAUAAUGAUGAUGACAAUGAUGAUCUCAUCCGCGGCCAAUCAGCACCGCCCGCCCCUGCCGCGCCCCCGCCGCUCCGCCCGGCGCCGCGGGGGGAUGCUGGCGGCGGCGCUGCCCGGGCGCGGCACCGCGGGGGUGGCGGGCCCGGGGGCGGUGCCGGGGGGGCCGUGCCGGCCAGCGGCGGGGCCAGGGCGUGCGUGGCUCCCCGGCUGAGCGCGCAGCCCCGCUCCCGGUGUCCCGGUGUCGCGGUGUCCCGGCGGCGCGGGGCCAUGAGCCGGGCGGAGGCCGAGCCCUGCUCCCGGGCCCUGGCGCAGGCCCGCGUCUACCUGGGGCAGCUGCGGGGCCGCGUGGGCCCGGCGGGGCCCGAGGGCGGCGGGCGCCGGGACUACCUGGUGGAGGCGGCGCGGCAGCUGCGGCUGGCGCUGGAGCGGGACGUCAGCGAGGACUACGAGGAGGCCUUCAACCACUACCAGAACGGCGUGGACGUGCUGCUCCGCGGCGUGCAGGUUGACCCCAACAAGGAGCGUCGGGAGGCCGUGAAGCGGAAGAUCACGCAGUACCUGCGGCGAGCCGAGGAAAUCUUCAAUUGCCACCUGCAGCGGGCGGCGGGGGGUGGCAACAGCAGUGCCACGGGCUACAGCAGCCUGCGCUUCCGGCCCAUCAGGACACUGAGCUCAGCAGUGGAGAACCUGAGACGGUGUAAGGUUGUGGGAGUGAUUGAUAAGGUGCAGAUUGUCCAGGAUCCAGCCACUGGUGAGACCUUUAUACUCAAGAGCCUCCCCAAAUCCCACGUUGAGACCCGUGAGCGACAGACCAUCAUCCCUCAUGGGGUCCCCUUCAUGGUCAAGCUGUUGUGCUACUCUGUGAGUGAGGACUCCAUCUUCCUCCAUCUAGAGCAUGUGCAGGGGGGGACACUGUGGUCUCACCUCCGCUCCAAGUACUGUGUCCAGCAGGACUGUGCCGAUUCAAACACCAUUCAAACCCUCCAGGACCAUGGCACAGAGGAUGGUGUGGGAAACUCCCAGGGUGGCAGCCAAGUAUCCAUACUCCCUGUUUGGAUGGGCAGUGGCCUCCCAGGCUCUGUGAACUACCAACUAUUGGGAAACACUGAUGCCUCACUCCCUCAGGAGCAGUCCCCUGGCCCCACAGACUCUGCCUCAGGGAACCACUGCCAGCUUCUCCUGGCUCCUGCUGGUGGCAGUGGGGCUGCACCUGGAGGACAGGAUCUGAGUGUGACACAGACUGUGUCUGGUGCUGUGGACCAUUUUCCAGCAGCAUUAGCCAAAUGUCCUGGCCACCUUGCCAGCCAGGGCUUGAUUGUCUACCCAUGGAAUGAUCUAACCAGCGGCACAGGCUGCAUAUCUGAGAGAACAGCCUCCCAACAAGGCCCCAGGCUUCCCCAGGGGCUUGUCCCUCUACCAAAGACUGUGAGAGGGGGCCAGCCAGGGGCAGGGCAGCUGCCAACUCAGAAAGUAUCUGAGGCCUCCCACACUCAGCCCCUCCUGGCCCUGGGUGAGAGGCAGCUUCCUGCAGGAGUUGCCCUGUCCAGCUCUGGCAAACCCAGUGUGCCUGACCCAGCCGUGUGGGAGCCUUCUUGGGGAGCAAGCCUGACCUGUGGCUCGCUCAGCAAACAGCCACCAUCAGGACAGUGCAGGGCUUUGGCUUCCCAAGGGCACAACCGGAGAGCAUGGGCUGUAAAGGAAGAGCAGGUGCAGCUGUGGGCAGCAGAAAUCCUCCUGGCUUUAGAGGGACUUCACCAACAGGGUAUCUUGUGCCGGGACCUCAACCCCAGGAACCUGCUGCUUGAUACAGCUGGCCAUGUCCGUCUCACCUUCUUUGGCCAGUGGACAGAGGUGGAGCCCCAGUACUGCAGCCAGGCACGGGAAGAGCUGUACAGUGCUCCAGAAGUGGGGGGGAUCAUGGAACCCACUGAAGCAGCUGACUGCUGGAGCUUUGGCUCCCUCUUGUAUGAGUUGCUGACAGGAGUGCCACUCUCCCAAAACCAUCCAUCAGGGAUUCAGCCUCACACCCAGCUGCAUCUGCCAGAGGGCCUCAGCCUGGCUGCUACAUCACUGCUCACUGAGCUUCUGCAGUACAAUCCAAAACGACGCUUGGGCUCUGGAGGAGGUGGCAUAACAAAGCUGAAGUCUCACUCCUUCUUCAGCACAGUCCCUUGGAACAAGCUGGUGGGCUAGGCAGGCUGCCCUUCUCCCAGGGAGCUGGGCCCUGGGCUGCUUCCCUGGCACUUGUGGCCCCAGGUGGCACAGGCACACACACUGCCUGCUGGGGAAGGCUUGCCUCAAGGGCUGCCCUGAGGUGGGGUACACAUGAGGUUUGCAGCCUUGCAUGUCCUUCUGUCUCUGCUUCUGUUCGUUGGCAUCUCCAAAGAGGAGGCGUCAGGCUGGGCCUGUCUUCUCCAGGUCCUCCUUGGGGGAAAAGGAACCUGGGUGCCCACCUCCAGGAAGCAGUGGUGUUCCUCUUGGGGCAUCUCUUCUUCAGCUCAGCAACCCGCCCUGGAACUCCCUCCCUGUUUUUUUUAUCUCUGCUGCUACCACCACAGUGACCCCCCUGCUCUGUUACAUUUUGUGGCUUUCAAAUGCAGCCCCUCGGGGCCCUGCUGGCUGGGGCCCUGCAGGCUCUGCCCCUCCCUGACUGCAUGUGUGUGUGUGUGUGUCAUCCCUGCUGCAGGGGUGACACAAGAAGCCCUCUGUCUUCUCCCCCUCACCUUCUGAAAAAAAUAAACUACUCUAUCACUUA